AUUGCAUAUAUGUACAUACGUAAUUGUUGAUUUGUUAUUGUAUCGCUAAGAAUGAUUUUGUUAAGUAUUUAUUCAUUUACUUUACUUUGAUUUUGCACACACAUACAUAAGUGAAAAUGGCGCUGAACACACAAACAAAACAAACUAGCCGCCAGCGUCUAAGAGGCACUAUUUGGACAAGGGAAAAGAUUUACAGACUGAUCGAGCUUUACCGUGCUUCCGACUGCCUGUGGAAUCAUUACUCAGAAUUGUACAAAAAUAAAGACUGUCGCAAUAAGGCCAUCGAUCACAUCUGCAGUACCCUGGGCAUCACCAAACUGGACUAUGGCAAAAAAGUCCACAAUUUACGCAAUCAAUUCAACUCGGAAUUGAAAAAAUACGAGAGACGUUUGGCGAAAACGGGCGAGAAUUCGGAUGAAACGGUAAAAGCUUGUCGCUGGGAACAUUUCGAUAAAUUAAUGUUUCUACAGCCCAUCAUUGAACCACGGCCGGGAUUUCAACCACAAUGCAAGAAAACCACUAGGAACAAUAAGUUAAAAUUGACGGAAACAAAUAUCGAAACUGAAAAAGAACAAAAGUCUAAUGAUAGUAUUAUCCAGCUGUUGUCUGUUGAGGAGACAAAUAACGGUAUUGCUAAGGAAAAAUCCACUUGUGAAUUACAACGAAGUCCUGCAUGCGAUCCUCGAAGAACUUCUCCCAAUUUGAUGCACGGCGAACAGCUGAAUUAUGUGACGACUUCAAGACCGUCCCCGCCCCGGGUUAAUCGUGAUCAGUGGGAUGCUUUUGGGGAGUUAAUUGCGAAUGAGUUUCGUAAUUUAAACUCGGCGAUCUCGCGCAAAAAGCUUCAACGUAAAAUUAUGCGAAUUAUGCUUGAAGUUGGUGAAGAAGAUGAUCAAAAAUACACAAACACAAAUUAAUAAAGCUU